AUGAAGAGAAACAAACAACUCAUCCUGGUCGUUCGCGAGACAACUACUUCGUUUACCACGUCCUGCAUAAUAGAAAAUGAACGCCAUGAUACUCUCCGUGCUAGCCUCAUUUUCCUCUGCCUUGAGCUACGCCCAAUAUCUGGCCCAUGCGCAGUAAUCAGAGUCGAUCCAGCUCCCGGAUUUGCUUCCCUAUCCAACGACGAGGAAUUGCGACGACAUAAAAUUACCGUUGAGAUUGGUCGCGUAAAGAACGUGAACAAGAACCCCGUGGCCGAGAAAUGCAUUGCCGAGCUCGGUGAUGAACUGUUGCGCGUCUCUCCAGAAGGUGGUGCCGUCUCCCCUGUAACACUAGCGAUUGCCACGGCAAACCUGAAUACUCGUAUUCGUGACAGAGGUCUAUCUGCCCGUGAGAUGUGGUACCAGCGUGACCAGUUUACGAAUUCGCAACUUCCCAUCUCCGACCUACACCUAAUCAGAGAACAGCACUCUCACCGUAUACAUAAUCACCCUGCCAGUGAGAAGUCUAAAACCCCCAGUGGUCAACGCCGAGCAUCGCCCGCCCUUCAAGUUGGCGAUCUGGUAUAUAUCACUUCAGAUGGCUCCAAAACUCGUGCACGAGAUCGAUACUUGGUUGUGUCAAUUGAUGGGUCGUGGUGUAAUGUACGCAAAUUUGCUGGUUCCCAACUCCGAUCCUCGCCAUAUCGCAUCAAGUUAUCAGAGUGCUUUCUUGUCACCAACAAUUUCACUGCUCCACCUCCAAGUCCUCGUCUCCACCAACCUCACAAGUACACUCCAGCUGCUGAACCCAAGCCUCCCUGUCCACCUCGAGUCCCGGAAAAGUUAUCCCUUCCACCCUACAACGAUGAUUGUGUUUUACCCUUAUCUCACACCACUUGUUUCCCUGGUCCUGAUUACAAACAUUUCCCGUCUAACUCUUAUAAAGCUGAUGAGCUCAUUACUAGUCUUCCUAGCCCCUGCCAGUCACCCUCCACCCCCGCUGCAUCCGAAGAUUCACCUGCCCCUCGACGCUCCAGUCGCCAACGCCACUCUCCCGUUCACCUGCAAGACUUUGUUACAUAGUUGAACGUUUAUAUAUAGCUUAAAUUUAUAUUGGUUUACACUAACACUCUCGGAACAAUAUGUAGAGAAAGACAGACAAAAAGUAGUCACGCCAUAGUGUGGCUUUUAGUUGUUAUUGUUGUAGUAAAGAUCACAUGCGCCUGCGAUCUUGUUCGCGCCUAGGCGACCUUUACUUCAUGUUAGUAUACUCUUGUGGCUUGUCUUGGCCUUGUUGUUGUUUUAUUCAUAACAUAGUAUUAAAGACUACCAUUUAAAGUUGUCGUUUUAGCUUCGCUGUCGAGUGCCCUCUUAAACAUUGGCGCUGUAUAUUUACCUUAUAAGGAUCAGACCCUUGAUGCAUGCUAUCUAAAUUAGUUUUAUGUUAUAUUUUAAGAUUCUCAAUGGACUAAAAUAAUUUUUUCCUCUAAAAUAUAGCAUGACAUCCAGUUUAACAAGUUGUUAGUGUCACACAGUUACAUUGUCCGAGUGUCGAUUUACUGUAUGAUUAUUUGCAGAAAAUUUUCAAUGUUCUGUUGCGGUCCCAGAAAGUAAAAUAUAUUUCCCACCCCUGAUGUUAUGUGUUUUUAUAAAUAAACUACAAUAAAUGAUAACUGUAUACUCGUGUUAUAUAGGUGAAAGUUGGUAGUUAUGAUAUCAAAUCGUUAAAUGUAAAAUGGUUGCGCAGUCAUAUUGGAGUAGUAAGUCAAGAACCAGUUUUAUUUGCGACCACAAUUGCUGAAAAUAUUUCAUAUGGACGAGAAGGAGCAACAAUGGCGGAUAUUGAGAAAGUCGCUAAACAGGCCAAUGCACACAACUUUAUAUCACAGUUUCCACAGGUACGAGCAUCAGUCUUCAUAGUCAAUGAUUUUUUUAUUUAAACACUUAAUAGACAAGUGCGAUUGAGGUGAGAAUAAAGGUGGGGGAGAGGGGUAGUGAGUAAACUUGGUCAAAAUGCUACCCUCUAUUAUGGUGUUAAAAAGAGUUUGUUGGUGAAAUGCAACAAGAAAUCACCUGCAGCAUCCCAUGGUGCCCUUAUAUGUAGGUGAAAAUUUAGCUAGAUCAAUGUUGCAAGACCACAGCGUUCUAAACCUUCACUCAGUAACCAUAAUUUUUGGCAAAGCUUGAUAUGUAUAUCGUUGUGUUGUGUGAGAUGUCCAUAGUGUAAUAUAUACAAUAUAAUAUUUUUACAUAUGCAUUGAUAGGUAUAAUAUAAAUAGAGCUCAUAUUAUUAAGUACAUGCGAGGAAAAGAAUCUUUAUGGACCAUCUUAUAAUAUAUGGGCAGUGGCGAAGCUACGCAUGGCAACUGCAAAAAUACAACUUUCGGCCCCGUGGCAGGGCGCCGCACCACGGAAUCGCAUGGCUGAAGGUUCGAUUCUUACCAUAGAGCCCAAAAGUGCAUUUUUUGCAGCUGCCCACAGUUGGUUAUGAAAUUGGAUAUUAUAAAUAUUCAUUCAAAAAUUCUACUAAAAAUCUAUCUGCAUUCAUCUCGUUACUAUCCGGUUUUGUCUUAGGGUUAUCAUACACUGUGUGGUGAACGAGGGGCUCAGAUGAGUGGAGGUCAAAAACAACGUAUUGCCAUUGCUCGUGCUUUGAUCAGAAAUCCCAGGAUAUUGUUGUUGGAUGAAGCCACAUCAGCUCUUGAUACUGAAAGUGAAUCUAUUGUACAAGAUGCUUUAGAUAAGGUAAGAUCUGAUGAUGAUGUAUUCUUGUUAAUAAUAGGCAGAUUUAGAAAAAAUGACUGGGCAAACUCGACCACGUAGUCUCAAUUUCAGUCCAAGAAUGAGCGCUAAAGAACUUGAUAGUAUUGUAAUAAAUGUUUGAAGAUUUCUUAAAAUAACCUUACCAGGGCCGUAGCGACCGGGGUUAGGUGCAAUACCCCCUAACAUUGCUCAUGAGCUAUUUCAGGUAGAUUUCCAGUAGAUUUUCAGGUAAUUCUCAGGGCAUAAAAAAGUGAACUCUAUAGUCUGAAUCAGAAUUAGAGUUAACAAUCGAACAAACAAAGACGUUGAGACGUGUUGUGGCAGUUGGACAAUUGCCGAAUACCCUUUCUGACGAUCUGGAGACUACAAAUUUCCAAAAUUUUCUCAAUUUUCCUAGUCACACUAAAUUGUAAGUAGCAAUACUUAUCUUCAUUGUUAGACAAUACUAAAAUAUUGAAAUAUUGGGUAGGAAAGACUCUGAAAAUGCCAUUUCCAACGGUCUAGAAAUUUUCAAAACAUUUUGCUCGGCGCCAACCAUGGUUGCGCCUCGCAGGCGUCUCAAAAUCAGGUAAAAACGUUGAGUUGGAAAAAUUCAGGUAAAUCUAACCUCACACCCCCCAAAGGCAAAGUCUUGGCAACGGCCCUGAACCUCACAAACAGCUAAGUUUGUUAAAAAAACGACUGAGGUGUCUGUUGAAAAGCGCAUUUCAUAUCUUGUACCAAACUUUCACGUUGUUCUAAGGACGUGAAAAUCUUAGUGUAACAUGGAGUCAGAAUGGCAACGUUGUUGAGGGUAUACCCCUGCGAUAACAAAUUAUUCAUACGCUUUGUCUUGCAUGGAGAAAUUUUUUGUUUCGAAGGCGCGUCUUUGAGGUCGUGUCAAAUUUGUCUAAUAGAGAAUCAAAUUUGUCUGUUAGCUUUUUGACUAGUUGGACCAAUCUGCGCAUUAGAAUUGAAGCAUAGAUCAGCUAGAUUUAGCUGUCGCCAUGCAGUGAAACAUGUAGAAUUACUUCAAAUGCGAUUUGAAAUCAUGCUUGCCGUUUGCGUUUAGUGGUCUGCCGGUUAAUCUUGAGGUCUCUAAAAUAACGACUCCAGAAUUAAGUCUACAUUUGGUUCGAGAUUACAGUAUUUGUGAAUGACUGCUCGUUGCGGUCUUUGAUGACUUUGGUCAUUUUCAAAAAUGUAUAAUGUCGGUGUCAAUAUAUUUAAUAAUCAUCAUAAUCUGCAAUCAUUUUCUAGUAUCCAUGGCAAUCUUUCAUUCAAUCUUUCAAAUUUGCAGGCAAGUGAAGGUCGUACUACUAUCGUGAUUGCACAUCGACUGUCCACCAUUAAGAAUGCAGAUAUGAUUGUUGCUGUUGAUCAAGGCAAAGUAAAUCAAAUUGGAACAAACGAUGAGCUCAUGGCUGCGGGUGGAAUUUAUAAAGAUCUUGUCACUUUACAGGUACAGUGUUGAAUACGAAAGAGUGUUUUUAAUUUUAUAUGCUUAUCCCAAGACCCCCCACCCCCACCCUAUAAUUUCGCACUUUUCCAAUUCACCAACUCCUAGUUAGGUACGUUCUCCUUGAUGGCCUUUCGAUCCACUGAUAAAUUCUUAAAAGAGGCCCGUACUUUUAAAUACCUUUAAUUUGUUUGAACGACGAUACGUAUUUACCUAAUGGCUAAUACGAUUAAUGGAAUAAUGCUAAUAGAUUAUGAAUAUUCUUCUAAGACGUACCCUAACCACCAUUUGAAUGUUCUUGUACCGAAGGAAAUCCGGCGUAAACAGCGUUCGCUAACUCUAUUCAUUUGGAAAAGCGUUUUGGACAAACCGAAUGUCAUAAGCUUAACUCCUUUUCUUCGCAAUGCAAACUAACUUUAGGAAAGUGUUUCACAAAUAUGGAUUUAAAAUACCAUAUAGGGCAUUUUGGCAAAACCCAACUUCCUAAGUAGUAUUCGCGGUCACAGUGCGAGGUAAAUCUCCGGCGGUUGUCCAAAGCACGAUUAGCGUUAAAAUUUUACACAAUGCAGUUUUUGUUCGUGUAUUUCUGGAAGUUUGUUUACUUCAAAUAAAUUGCUAUAUUGACUGAGAAAAAAAUUUUAGAAAAAUAUUUCGAGUGUCUUAAAUACAUGUAUAUAAUUUUUGCCUUUUCGUUAAACCAGGAUUAACCUACCCCACUUUCGAACAACCGACCCCAAUCUAAGAAGGAUCUAGAAUAACCACUAUCGAUGAACAGACAAAAAGCAUAUAACUGCAUGCUAUAUCCAGGUGAAGGGCUAAGAUCACUCCUCCAAAAAAAAGAAAUCAGCGUGGGAAAAGUUAAAAUGAAGAUGCCAGCUGUCUGAAAUGCCAAAUUAACAAAAUAACAUAGAGUUCAAUCUGCGUUUUAUCUCUACACCAUGCAGAAUACUGGAAAUGCCAUUUCAGGAUUACAGCUGCCAAAAGUUUCUGAGAGACUACAGUAUGCCCCCGGGCCUCAUGAAGUUUGGUCCCCCCCCCCAUCCACCCCUCCAACCAUAAACUAUAAUCUUCUAUCACCUAUAUGUCAAAAAGUAUAUUUAAACAGUUGGUUAUUUAUAUAAUCCUAACGAAAGCUUUUGAUUCACUUCAGAUGCUGGCUGCAGAAAAGGAUAAAGCAGCUGAACCAGAAGAUAAAGGAGAUGACGAAGGUAUCACACAUAUAUAUAUAUAUCGAUACUUUCGAUGUGUAAUGCUUCAAUGGGAUUCCCAUGCAGCGCAUAUCACGACAUUCCAAAGUAGUCAUCAAUAUAACAUGAGACUGUAUUUUUAUAUUUUUUUGAAAGGUUGUGGCAAAAAGGAUUAUAUACAGUAUAUAUAUAUAUACUUAAUAUUUCUACAUGAUGCCAUAAGUUCCUUAUUCGUCGUAUCCUAGUAAUGUAUGCUAUGUACUAUUUUCUUUAAAAUGAAAUUCUUCAGAGAAAGUUGAUAUGCAGUUGUCAAUAUCAUCAAGUGGCAGUGUUGCUGCAAAUGUGAGAUUUGGAAGACAGCUUUCUCGUCAACUUUCCAGAAAAUCUAUGGUAAAUAUUAGAUAUGAAAAUAUUGUUCAUAUUGCGGUGAUUAAGGUGUAAUACAUUCAGUUAAAUACGUUUUCGUUAUUUGCGACUGUGUAUUUAUUCAAUUUAUUUCGUCACGGUAAUUAUGCAUGGAAAUAUUUUCCGGAAAGAAUUGGUAAAGUUCUAUUUGCAGAAAGAGGAAAAUCCUUUAAUACAUAUUGUUAAAGUUGUCGAGGUCUAAUCGACCUAAAAUUAAUAUUCACGGAUGACACAGCUUUGCAUGCAAUGUCAAGGGCAGUGUAAAGCAUUCAGGGGUCUUCGUAAGCUAUUGCUCCCGGAUUAAUGAGCAAAUCGGCUGAAAUAGGGUCGAGAAAAAACACAAAUACAAGCACAUUCGUUUAACAUUAUAAUAAAAUUCAUGACAUUAGCUGCCCACACUAAUCCAAUGAAAACGCCUCCGUUAACGUUUUUUGGAAAAGUCGUCUGUUUUCAUGGAUGAAUUGCAUGAAAUCUUGCAUCAUAUUAGUGUGGAGGAUGGUGGAAAAUGCAAACAAAAAUAUACGUUUACAAACAAAGACGGAUUAAUGUGGAUAGGGCCUUAAUUUCAGCCUCCUUGGCGUCGUUAACAAUGGCUAAACACCUCCUUGCUCCUCUAAAGCGCCACGUAUUUUGUGAAUGACCCCUACAAGGACACAAGGUUAUACUGCCUUGCAUGGAUACAGAUACGAGGAAAAUAAGUCGUCGAUUAUCUUAGCUCAAGCAUUUUCAUAGUCAUGCAACCAAAACAGUGACUGCAUGAUAUAGGCAUAAGUAACAAAUAUACUUUGUUUCAAACUGAUUGGGAGUGCGAGUAAACUAUACCCUUGUUCAUUUGAUUAAGUCUAUUUUAAUGAAGCGUCCAAUCCAUAAUAUAUUUAGGUUAAAGAUGAAAUAAUUAUUGAGGAAGAUGUUGAACCUGCUCCAAUCUUUAAAGUGAUCAAACUAAACUUUCCUGAGUGGAGGUGGAUGGCCAUAGGAAGUAUUGGUUCAGCUUUAACUGGGGCAUUCCCUUUUGUCUUCGCUCUUAUCCUUGGUGAACUUAUGGGUGUAAGUAUCCACCUUUGGUACAAGUAUGUUGAAUCUACAAUCAGUGACAUUGCAUGAAAGGUGGGAUACUUAGACUGGAAGGUUAUUUUUGUAAACAAUUGCAAUUCAAAGGCCGUUGAGGCCAACUCACGGAUCGAUGAGAUCAAUCAUAUUUUAAUGUAAUUUGCGUUAUAUAAAGUGUAAUUAUUAUUAUUAAUUAUUAUUAUGAAAGUGAACGAAAGAAUUAGAGCAGUUUGCAGCUGUUUUUGCAAACGGGAACCUCGACGGGCACCGUGCAAAUUUUGCCAUUUGUCGUUCUUCUUUGGCCAAAUCAAAAGAACGAACGCGCGUGCUGCAGCCCGAUUUCCAGAUCUGAAAGGCCCGACUCUUAUCUUGUUUAUUUAUUCAGGUUCUGCAACACAAUCCUUACAUCGAAGCUGAAAGAGAAACAAUGAGGGACGAUUCUCGAAAAUGGGCUUUAAUGUUUUUAGCUAUAGGAGCUGGUACUGCUACAGGAUUCAUACUUCAGGUAAGUGGUAAGGCCCAGUUAGACGAGCUAAUUUUUGCGGCAACUUGCAGCUAGCGCAAUUUCCAACAAAGAAUCAUUCUAAUAUAUAAGAUCUAAAUUUACAGUAAAAUUGAGGACUUGCCCCGCAUUUCACUCCACGUACGACCUUUUCUCCAUGUAACAUAUCACAAAGACAUGAAAGAAAUGAACGAAAAUGAAAAAUAUAUGCCUGAAAAGUACGAAACAGCCGAUGCUGGUGAUUUUUUUUAACUUAUCAUCGCCCUAUAUAGUAUAUAUCCAAAAUUCCCAUGUUGUAAUAACCCGAUAUGUGGCAGCGAAUGUUGGGAUGCAUUGGUUGAUAUGUUACCGUGUAGCAGUAUUUCUAAAUGAAUCAAUAAAUCAAAGCCCAAUUACUCUUUCUAAAAAUCUGAAUGACAUUUUAUUUUUUUAAUAGAACUGGAUGUUUGCUAAAGCUGGGGAAACUUUAACAGCAAGACUUCGCAAGAAGGCUUUUGCAGCCAUGCUUCGGCAGGUAAUAUAUAUACAGGGGCGGCGCUAGACCUCUUUGAAUAUGGGGUGUAAGUGAAUUUUGCCGAGUCACUACAACUACUAAUUAAUAUUUCUUUUCACAAAAUUGUUGGCGAGGGGGGAGGGGGGUGUUUAACCACCGUUGUUCGUUCCAUUUCCCCUCAUUUUUUCGUAAAUUUCUCCACAGUUUAGCUAUCAUUCUUAAUUUUUUCUUCGUAUCCAAAUCCAUACAAUUGUGCAGUGCAUACAUGAUAGCACAUUUGAUGAUUUGAUACUUGUACCUUGUACUUGUACCUAGUGGUAUGGAAUUUAAUUAAAUACUGUGAUAGAACAUCUUCCCGGUAUUCACAUAACACAAGUACAUACAUAACCAAUUUGAUAACUUUAAAUAAACAAUUUCCUUUUCCAGGAUAUUGGAUUUUUUGAUGACAUCACUCACAGCACUGGAGCUCUUUGCACACAAUUGUCAACGCAUGCUUCAGCUGUCCAAGGG